UGUGGCCAGAUCAUUUGUUUUUAGAUAUACAAUAGAUAAAACAUGAAUAAAAGUGCAAAGAAGGAGAUAAAUGAUUUAAGAAGAUUAAAGUUGAAAGCCAAACAACGUGAAGAUCUACAGGAAGCUGCAAAAAUUUGUAAUUGCAUCGGUGAAGUUUUUUCGUCGAAUGAACUCUUUGAAGAAGCCAUUACUGAACACUUGGAAGAGAUAGGUUUUAGUGAAGCUGUUGGUGAUGUUAUCGGUGUGGCUGUUGGGAAUCGAAAAGUUGGAGAAUGCUUGUGUUUACUUGGUGAUUUUCAGGAAGCUCUGAAGUAUCAACAGAAACAUUUUGAGAUUUCGAAAGACGCAAAGGAUUUGUUAGAACAACAAAGAGCUCUGGCAACGAUUGGCAGAACUUAUUUUUUACAAGCAGAAAACCUAACCAACAAAAACGAAAUCAACAACAGUUUAAGACAUGCACAGAAGUCUUACCUGAAUAGUUUGGAUAUCGCAAACAACCUUCAUGAUGUUACAUCAGAUAAAGAAGUGUUAGAGAUGAAGGCGAGGCUGUAUUUAAACUUGGGCUUGAUUUAUGACUGGGAGCAAGAUACUGAUGAAGCUCUAAAGUUUGUACUGAAAGCAUUGGUUAUUUCAAGAGAGCAGAAAUUAUAUGAGAACAUAUUCAAGUGUCAUUUUACACUCAGUGGUAUUUAUGUCAACACUGGCAACUACAUAAAAGCUUUACAAUCAGCCAAGGCUUCUUUAAACAUUGCACAAGAGCAAAACGAUAAAGGUGGCGAACUAGAUGCUUUAUCUCAGAUGGGCCUGGUUUUACUUUAUCUACGUGAAUUUGAACCAGCAAAGCAGGCAUUAAAAAAAGUAUAUAAACAAAGAAAAAGUGAUCAGAGUGUUAUAAAGAACUUGAAAACUGCUAUCACAGGUGUUCAUUUAACAGCAGAAUAUCAACAGUGUGAGAAUAAGAAAAAUUUACUGGCUUUAUGUGAGAAGCUUGGUGAUCUUUAUGCUGAAAUCAAAUGUCCUAAAGAAUCCCUAAAAUAUUAUCUGCAACAGAUGGAACUUGCUAAGUAUCUUAGCUUAUCUAAAAAGGAAUUGGCUGUUAUCUAUGCAUCUAUUGCCGUAACUUAUUCUGACUGUAAAGAGUACCACAAAGCACUCAAGUUUUAUCAAAUGGAGUUGGAUUCAAGACAAAACGAAUAUAAAGAGAAAUCUGCAACUUAUUGUGCGAUUGCGAAGGUUCACGAGGAUUUGGGAUCACCGCUCUCACUUAUUGAAGAGUAUUACAUGAAAGGUUUGGACUGUGCACAAAUCAGUGAAAAUAAGUUAGCAGAGAUCAAAGUUUAUGAAGAUUUAUCUGAAACGCUAAAAUCGUUUGGUAACUUGGACAAACUUAAUGAGAUUGUAGAAAAAAUGAAAAAUCUUCAAGAAGACUGUUCAGAAGAGGACGAAUUUGAAGAACAAAGUGAAAGUAGUUCUAUUGAACUCAACCAAGAUGAACUGUUGGCCAUUGAAAGCGAAAACGAUGAGGAACAUGACCAAGAAGAAGUUCAUCUUGAGUCUAAACACGGCAGGAAGAAGACGUCACGGUCAACUAAAAAGAUUAAUAAAAUAAACGAACGCGGUGAAACACCGUUGCAUGUUGCAGCUAUCUCUGGAAACCUGCAAAGCGUAAAGACACUACUUGAACAGGGCGCAUACGUUCAUUCAAGAGAUUACUGCGGUUGGCAACCUUUACAUGAAGCAUGCAAUCAUGGAUUUUAUGAUAUUGCUGCACUGUUAAUUGAAUAUGGAGCUAAUGUAUCCGACCCGGGAGGUAGCCACUGUGGUGGCAUCACACCCCUUCACGAUGCCUGUCAAAACGGACACCUUCGUAUAUCACAGUUGCUUGUGGAGAAGGGUGCAUCAACUGAUGCGAAAACCAAUGAGGGAUAUACUCCUUUGGAUUUGCUGCAAAUAGCUAUCGAAGCAGACGAAGAAGAAUUUACUAAAAAACAAUGUGAUAAAACAACUCUAAUGCAACGGAAAGAGGUGGAAAAGUUUCUUUUGUCAUUGAAGACUUCGAAAAAGUCAGUGUCGAAGAGACUGGUAACAGAUCGGAACCAAACGCUAUUUGACCAAUCUUCUUCGGAAAGCGAUGAAGACUUGCAGCCCGACACAAGGUGUAGUAAAAGACAAAAGCUGAGCACAAGUCCCCCUGUUUGUUCUUCUUUUACCAUCGAUGAUCCCAUGGGGUCUUCACCAGAAACACAGUUAGAGGAUGACAGCUCUCAGGAAUUGUUGAAUAGAAAUGUCAAAGAGAAAAAGAAGAAGCAGGCGAGCCUAAAAUCAUACUUAAAUGAUACGCCGCCGAAAAUGAUCAGCUCCGAUAAAUCUUUUAAAACGAAUAACACGAAGAAGCAGAAAAAAAAUAACACAAUUCAAAAUUCCUUUAAUGCACUUCGAAAAUCAUAUUCAGAUACAGAAAGAAGGGACGCAACCCAUUCGCCAUCUUUAUUGAAUGAAAACGACCCUUCAUUAGAAAGUUUUAUAAUUGAUGAUAUUCCACAAAAGAGAAAGAAAACACCAAACGAACCACAAUUAAGGGAAAGAAGGUCUUUUUCAUCUGGUCGUGUUGCACCAAAACAGACCACAUUAAUGGAAGUUGCUAGUCCCAAUACUUUUGCGCAAAGAAACCCACUGUUUAGAAUCAAAAUACAUGUUGGCGAGCAAUUGUUUCUCAUAUCGUGUCAAGAUGUGCAUAAUCUAACGAUUGAUUGGCUGUUAGAUGAGGCAAAGAAACGUUACCACUCCAAGUGUAAAGUAUCCGCGCGGUUAAGCUUGAAAACUAUUGACGGCGCGCUGUUAGAUGCUUCAGACAUUAUCGGAAACGUUCUAAUGAAUAACGAAGAAAUUGUAGCUGACAUCACUGGUUUAGAAUUGGAACCAACAAUAGAGAGAUACAAGAGAGCCUGUGGCCGCCUAGUUGUCGAUCCAAUUGAUGAAAUCUCAAAUCAAAUACAUCCCGAAGAUCUGUUUGAUCAACUGUCACUUCAAAACUUGUUCUUAAGCACUCCAGAUGUCCAAGCCGUAGCAGAUUCUAUUUCGUUUAAUACCAAGUUAACGAUAAUUGACGUAUCGCAGACGUAUUUAGGCGAUGACAAAUGCAGCAUUUUGAUUGGCUGUUUACCUUCUCUUCCGAACAUCCAGACACUUAACCUUUCUUGCACUGGUAUCACAACCAAGAGUUUAGCAAAGCUGUCUGCUACCAUUAAAGAGAAACUGAAAGAAGAGCUCAAAAUGAUAACCAAGGACACCGCACUUUCAUCUCUCACCGUUCUAAUGCUGGAUCAUAAUGAUUUUCACGUCCAAACAGAAUUUGUUCAUUCGAUGUGCGACAUCUUAACAUACUGCAAACAACUGGAAGUGUUGAACUUACAAUCUUGUAAACUAAAUGCAACAACUUUUACGAAUCACUCAAGAUUUGUAGAAAUACUGCAGGUAUCCACGCUGACGUCACUUGAUGUAUCGUUCAACGUGUUUGAUGAUCAAACUGUCGAAGUUUUAAAAUGUUUGAAUAAACAGAGAAUAUCAGAUUUGAACAUCUCCGGUGUUUUGUCUCCACGAAAGAGUGUUGAGAGAGUGCAUCAAGAUGUAGCGACUUAUAUAUCAGAAAACCUUACAUCGUUACGGAAGCUGUCUAUAAAUCGUUUCCCGGCUGACGUACUCACUAAUUUUAACAAUAAGAUGAAAUGUCUGUCGCUUCAACAUCCAUCUAGUACAGAAAAUAACCUAAGGAGUUUUAUCAGAUGGGACAGAUUACCACACUUAUCUUCAUUGAACCUCUCUUUUUGUAAAGAUGUGGACAACGAAGUUCUUGGGAUACUUAUUCAUCAAUCAUCUCAAAAGAACUCAACGUUACGAAAAUUGCAUGUUUCCUCAUGUUCAGUAACUUCUCCUUUACCUGAUCAAAUUUUUAAACACUUAUUUUGUGGAAGUAAUUCGUUACAAUACAUUGACGCGAGCUAUAAUGACUUGAACUAUGAAGAUAAAGACGAACUUCUCGCCAGUUGGGCAAAGUUACACGGAGAUGUGAAUAUUAAAACUACAUUGCAUGAUAGCUUAUGUGUGUUAUCAUAUACACGCUCGAUCGAAUCAUUUUCUGAAUGAUUAGAAAAACAAAUUUAAAUUACACACGCAUCUAGAUUUUAUUACAUGGAAUUGUGUUUCAUUUAGUGCGUCGUUUACACGAGACCGAAGUGAAUUCCGUCAAGGACUGGUGUUUCACUUGGACUGUGAUACAUUCCGAGUAAACCGCAAAAAUGAUUCUUACUUUUCAGUUUAUGUUCUGUUGCCCUGUCAAUUUAUCUGUUUUUUUUGUAUAGUAUAUAUAAAUCUUCACUUCAAAUCCUGCUCAUCACUGUCAUUGUGCAAAUAUUGUAUUUACAAAAUUUAUUUUUUUAGUCCAAAUUAGAAAGAUAAAAGAAUAGAUUUAAAGAUAAAGGGGUAAAUUUUCUUGCAGCGGUUUAUAAAGAAACUCGAGCUACAGCUUCAAUGUUAUGAAUGCGCAUAGUAUGGUUCUUUAUGGCAUAAAUUAUGUUAAUGUAUUCGGCAUAAAUUAUGUUAAUGUAUUCGGCAAUAUGCAUAACACCGUACUUUUCGGUUUGUU